ACGGCCGCGGAACCGAACCCAAAAUCAAUACACAAAACCCGAAAAAUUUCCGGUGCUCAUCACUAGUCUGAACGGAGAGGGAUGCAAAACAAAUGAACUCACAGACAGACCCGAACCGGAGUAUCAGCUACGCUCAGGUUACUCCGCUAGCACUUGUCUCCCGGUUGCCAUGACGACGUGGCAGCACAGAGCAGGAGACCCUAACAGCAUCUGAUCACCUGUGACACCAUCAGCUGGCUACGUUACCCGUGGGGUCGUGCAAAUCAGCCGCUGCAGCUCCCACCAGGAGGCCAGAAAAUCUGUCAUCCAAUGGAGAUCCUGGCCUCAGCACUCCCCCAAAACAGAAAUGGCUGCCAUCACUGCCCAUAAGUGGCUGUAGACUAUCAUUCUACUGAUGUCUGCAGCUGUAGUGUGUCCAACGUUGCAGGACAAACAUCGGUACUUUGCAUCAUGUGCCUCAGAUCCUUUGGCAUCUGAAUUAGGCUCAUUGUCCCGACAGGCAAAAAUAAAACACAUUAGCCCCCACAGAAAAAAAUAAAACCCAUUGGCCCCACAGGAAAAAAAUAAAACAUACACGAAUUGCUCCUGCACCCCACUGAAUACUGACCUGUCUGCAGUGCUUGCCGAUAUGCUUGGCUCCACCCCCAAGAGCGAUGUGUAUUCGGCUAUUCAGUUCCCAGCACAAGUACUACAGGAUGAAUCGGUCUGGACCCAAUUGCCUUGCAGGCCGUGUCCAGCCCAUGGGACAGAUUUUGGACUUCCCUGUCAUAGAGCAGGGAUACCAGGUGGUCCAUCUCCCGGCUAAUGGCACCUGAAACUGCCUGCAAGCCAGAACAGAUGACAGCGUCUGGUUUGCACUCCACAGUGGAACACAAAUCCCAGAAGUGCAUACCUGCCUUGCAUCCCAAGCUAACAUCAACUUGAUAGUGCGCCAACCAGUAUAAAUCUUUCUGGGGGGAGGGGUUAGAGGCAGGGACUGUGGCAAGCCACUGUGGGGGACAUGGAGCUGUCCCAGUGGGAACUGUCCUGUACUCCCUGCGGCUCUAUCCAUCCCUGACUAUCUGACAUGCUGAAAGCAUCCAGGCUUGUGCCAUAAUCUGACAGUACAUGGCAAUGAUAUUGGUAGUUGUCAACAUGUCAGAUAAUUGGUGUGUCGGUCUGAUAGACAUAUUAGUCUGAAGGUGUAUGCCCAGCAUAAGUCUAACAUGUGGGGUCCCACUUGGUCUCUGGAUCCAUCCCAUGGACUUGAUGUUUGUUUGUGGAAGGGAAACUAGAUCUGCACAGGAUGUUGAUGUUAUAUAAAUGUUAGAUUACCAGGUUAAGUAUAAUGGCCCUCAUUCCGAGUUGUUCGCUCGCUAGCUGCUUUUAGCAGCAUUGCACACGCUAAGCCGCCGCCCUCUGGGAGUGUAUCUUAGCAUAGCAGAAUUGCGAACGAAAGAUUCGCAAAAUUGCGAAUAGAAAUUUCUUAGCAGUUUCUGAGUAGCUCGACACUUACUCUGCCACUGCGAUCAGUUCAGUCAGUUUCGUUCCUGGUUUGACGUCACAAACACACCCAGCAUUCGCCCAGACACUCCCCCGUUUCUGCAGACACUCCUGAGUUUUUCCCAGAAACGCCAGCGUUUUUCACACCCGCCCAGAAAACGGCAAGUUUCCGCCCAGAAACACCCACUUCCUGUCAAUCACAGUACGAUCACCAGAACGAUGAAAAAUCCUCGUUAUGCCGUGAGUAAAAUACCUAACUUUUGUGUAAAAUAACUAAGCGCAUGCGCUCUGCGAACCUUGCGCAUGCGCAGUAAGCGACUAAUCGCAAUAUAGCAAAAAUCGGCAACGAGCGAACAACUCGGAAUGACCCCCAAUAUUAGAUCAUUUUUUGCAAACUUCCGUUGUGGUUAUUACAGCUUAGCAUAAAAUAUUUGGAGCAUACCCAGUUCCACUCCCUCCUGGGAUCACUGCAGACAGUGAGCUGAGGAUGGUCAGAGACUUGUAAUUUCCAUCACUGCUCAGAAAAUAAACUGAAGAUCUGGAAAGUGAAAUAAAACCAGGAGUGGUGAGGAAAGCGUCCUGCCUGUAAUCUCUCUGCCCUAUUGUCAGUGCUGCCUUACUCCUUGUAUUAUAUCAUCUUGCCAGUGAACAGUAGAGAAGAUAGCUGUGUCUGUUCUUCCUUGGGUAUCUGCAGAAAAAGCCCUUGCUUCCCAUAUGGAGAAACACCCAGACUCAGACACUAGAAGAGUGACAGAUAAAUUUCUGGAAAGCACCAAAAUUCAUGGACUGAAUCACCUGCUGUCUACAUUCUCCUACUUUCAUCGCUUAUUCUGGAUGGCAGCCUUCAUUGCCGCACUCAGUCUUCUGAUCACCUACUCACUGGAACAUGUUAACUACCUAUUGUCUUAUCCGACCACCUCUAAUUUCAAGAUGAUCUGGGCAAGAGAGCUGAAGUUUCCUGCAGUCACCAUCUGUAGAGUCUGGCAAAGGAAUUGGUUGACCCAAUACCCUCAUGUGGGUGAAUCAACAAUUAAGAUUCACCCUCUGACCCUACUUAAUGUCUUACCCACUGAAGACGUGAACUACUUAGAUGGCAUGACGGUCAAAUGCAACUUCCGUGGACACAACUGCUCUAGCCAAGAUUUUACCCCCGUAUACACAAGGUAUGGGAAAUGUUACACCUUCAACGCUGAUAAGAACAACCCAAAAGUGACCCGGCAAAGUGGCAUGGGGAAUGGCCUGGAGAUCAUGCUGGACAUUCAGCAGGAGGAAUACUUACCUAUCUGGAGAGAGACCAAUGAAACCUCAUUUGAAGCGGGCAUCAGAGUUCAGAUACACAGCCAAGACGAACCCCCAUAUAUCCACCAGCUGGGGUUUGGAGUGUCCCCUGGAUUCCAGACCUUCGUUUCGUGCCAGGAGCAGCGGCUGACAUAUUUACCGCAGCCUUGGGGUACCUGCAGAGCUACUAUGCCGGGAGAUGAAUUCCUGCCGGGUUACAGCAAAUACAGCAUCUCUGCCUGCCGUCUGCAGUGUGAGAAACAGGCGGUAGUGAGGAGCUGCGCUUGUCGCAUGGUCCAUAUGCCAGGAAACGAGACCAUCUGCUCCCCUAAUCUGUACAUCGACUGCGCUGACAUCACGUUAGAUACCCUAGUGGAAAACACCAGUGACAAGUGCUCUUGUCCCACACCCUGUAACCUGACUCGCUAUGGUAAAGAGAUCUCCAUGGUUCGGAUUCCCAACAAAGGAUCUGCCCGCUACCUGGCUAAAAAGUACAACAAGAAUGAGACAUACAUUAGAGACAACUUCUUAGUUCUUGAUAUCUUCUUUGAAGCUCUGAACUAUGGAACAGUAGAACAGAAGAAGGCAUAUGACCUGGCCAGCUUGUUGGGAGACAUUGGAGGUCAGAUGGGUCUGUUUAUAGGAGCCAGUAUACUUACCAUUCUGGAGAUUCUGGAUUACCUGUAUGAGGUGAUACGAGAUAAAGUGAAUCGAUUAGUUAGGCGAAAGAAAACUCCCACCAAGAAGCCUACAGAAAACAUAUCGACACUUGUGAUGGAUGACUUGAAUGAUCAGAGCUCCAGUGAGGUCCAUGGUCGACACCCAGAAGGAGCAUACGCCACCACAAUGCUUCCCAACCAUCAUCGACACUACACACACCACGGUGUAUUUGAAGACUUUGCCUGCUAGAGACAUAAUGGUGGGGUUAUACCCAGCAAAACCAAAUGCUGUUCUUUAGUGGAGGCAAAGAUAUAGCCUAUGAAUCUUACCCUGCCUCACAAUCACUACAAAGGAAACCAAAACUCACAUCCUUUGACCACCAAAUUUUGGAGGGACUGGUAUUUUUAUAAACCUUCUGAAUACAAGAUCUUAGGAAGUCAGUGGCAUGGGCAUCAAUAAUAAUAUAAUAAACCAUCACACAGCCUCUGUUACAGAAGGAAAUGGAGAGUCCAUGGCCUAGAGGGGCAGAUAAUCAUCCGAUCUCCACAGCCAUCUACACAUGUUCUCUUCAUUACCUGAGUUUAUAAUCUGCCUCUCACAUAGAGGAUUGGAUGAAAUCAUCGAGGAGUUCAUCAGGAUACAAUAAAGCAGACUGAGAUGAGAACAAUUAAUUAGCAGAAGAUAACACGAAACUUAACGAGAGAAGGUUCGGGGAAGAUUGGUUUUAGUGUGUGAAAGGAAUGGAUUAUAAAAGAUUAUGGUUUGUAGAUACACUUCUGAAAGCAGCACAGUCACCAAAUCAUCUGGUGUUUAUUAAUAUUUAUAUUACUUUUAUAUAGUGCUGCCAUUCACACAGCACAGGAUAAAAACACAGGCACAAUGACUAAAAAGAUCUAAUACACAGAUUGUCUAUCAUAUGAAGCACAGCACAGCGACUUCCCAGUAUCAUACUGAGCCAAGGCCAUACAGGAGGGAGCUACUACCUCCUCAUUUCUUUGUCCCCUAGUCCUAACCUUCGCUGCUUGGAACGUACACUUGAUGAGUAGGACUAUCUGGUACAGCCACAUAGUCUUUCAACUCCUGAGUGCAUUUCAAGCCUCCCCAGUCAGGAAUAGCAUCACAAGAUCUGUAAAGGUGCAGACUAGUUUACAGCUAAUGGUCUUGGCACUUACAUUUCAGAGCCUGUUUCCUUGCAUACAUUAUCAAUAUAUACCUAUUAACAAUGCCUUGUUGUUGCUUAUGUAUAAUACAGAUGUAGCAUCUAUAUGUCAUGGAGAAAAUGACCAUUGACUGAAGGUAACUUGAAGUCAGUGAGAUUGGUAAAGCGUUAGAAUGCUAAAGUCAGUGAGGUUGGUAGAAGGUUACAUUACAAUGCUGAAGGCAGCUAGCUUGGUAGAGGGUUACAAUAAUGAAAACAGUGAUGCUUGUAGUGGGUAACAAACAAUACUGAACACAGUGAGGUUAGUAGAGGAUUACAAUACCGAAAUCAGAAGGUUGGUAGACAAGUCAUACAGUUAGACAGGUUUGAUUGGCUAAAGGAUCACAGCGAAGAUAGUAAUGUCUUUAUAAGUGUCCCACAUUGAUGCAGAGGUCUAUAUAAUGGCCCCUAGACUGAAGUCUAGGAGUUUUACAGUGGGAUCACACAAUUAAUACAGAAAAGUCAUUAGAGGGGGCACAACAUGGAGAUGUCAUUAGAAGGAACACACAAUUGACAGUGAGAGUUGGUCAGAAGGAGACACAUUUUAGACAGGGAGCUUGGUAGAGGAGUCUUGCUGGAGACACAUUUUAAAAUAGUCGGAAUCUGCAAAUACAGGUAGUGAUUGAACACAUACAGUGAAGACAGAGAGGUCUAGAGGAGUCGCACGUUGAAGACAACUCACACAUUGAGGAGGCAGAAGUAAGAAUCGAGGUGACAUGAGGGUAAGUACAGGAAUAACAUACUGGAGUCUUGAAGGUUAUAGUGGUGACACACUAUGACUGGACUGCAAAGUCUAUGAGAUAUUCAGAGAUGAUAAGUAAUAAAUUAAAAAAAUAACAGAUCAUAACAGCAGACACACUCAAUGCAGAGGUCUCACAUGGUGGUGUCUCGCAAAGAUCAUGAUGAGGUCAGUAAAGGCUUCAUACAGGUCAUGGUGAGGUUGGUAAGCUUCAGGCUCGAAAUGCCCUACUGAGAAUUCUAGAAAAGAGGUUGGCCCCUGUUACAGAAAUAGUAAGUUAGUGUCUGGCGCUCUCCUAAGUAAUAAAUAGGAAUUACACCCCAAGAGUCUGGUGCUCUCCUGAGUAAUAAAUAGGAAUUACAUCCCAAGAGUCUGGCGCUCUCCUGAGUAUUACAUAGGAAUUACACCCCAAGAGUCAUAGCACACUGAGAGAACAUUGGGGGAGAUGCUUUGUGGGUUAGGAGUCAGGACUCAUAUUACUCUAUCACAGCUAAGCAGCAGGCAUCACACUGACAACAAGGUACUGGCGUAUUGCUGAAAGCUUCUCUACACUGUCUAGUAGCCCAAAAACUCAAAAUCUUUCUAUCGCUAUCAUUUCCUGGACUCAGUUUCUAAAGUGAUCACUAAAUUGUAUAUUCAUCUAUCGUAUCAUUAUUAUUUAUUUAAGAAUAUCAUCUGUAUCCAUAUAUAAGAACUAUUUAUAUAUUUAUAUUUUUCAUGGUAGCAGGAAGAACAUAUUAAGAUAGAGCUGUAUAAUAAAGUUAUAUGUUACUUCUGACUGAACCUAGUUCAAAGUUGUAACGCUGAAAAUAGGGGCAAUUAAUAUUUGGGGCAUGAGUAGAACAUCAGAUUAUUGUAAUGCAGGUGGGUGACUGGCACAAGCAGAAACAUAUUUUCACAGAAACGUAUGAUAGCAUGUCCCUGGAUAUUAUGUUUUCUGAUGUAUAUUUCAUGGAACCAGGUACUAUUUUCCCUAAUUUUCCAUUCCCAGUUAGAAGAAAGUUGGAGUAACACUGCAUAAAGGCGGACGGUUACUGUACUUGGUCACAACAUGAUAUUCAUUGGAGUGCGUCUGUCUGUCUGGCUACAUGUAAUGACUGGGGCUAAAGCAAAGACUCGUUUUAAUUGUACAAUAUUUUAAUGUUAAGACUAUAAAAUAAAAAGUAUUUUUAAGUGUU